ACAUCCUAUGUAAGGCAGCUAUAUUUAGUACACAGGUAGCUGUGACUUAGAGAGGUAAAAUGACGGCCAUAAGGAGAGGGAUAGUUGACGACGCGGGGACAUAAAUGUUUGUCAGACGAGUGAGAAGUCAUCAAGAUAUAUAUAUCCCUUCAUUGGGACAGUGAUCAGUGUUAGAGAGGCUGAUCUCGGAAUACCGCGAGACGGUAACAAGUGGGACUGACGACAUUGUGAGCGGUUCAUUGAUCAGCGACCAGCCCGACAUACCUGGGCGAGAUGUCGUGUGAGUAAGCGGCGAGAUUGGAGGUAUUUAUCAAGUAUACAGGCGAUCGAACGGACUCAUGAUGAGUAUUUUCGGUUGGAGGAAGAGUUUGACGAUCACGGAGUCGGACCCGACUUACAAGGUACGAUACUUGGGCAAUGUUCAAACGGCCAUGAUGAAAGGCGACGGUUGUGUGGACAAGCCUGUGUCAAUAAUCUGGAACAACUACAUGCGGAGUGCUCACCCCGGCCUGGAGAUGAAGCUGGUCGUCACAGGCUCCGGACUCAAGGCCUACACCAAGGAACAAGGAUUAACUGAAUACAGGGCCCAUCGGAUCUCGUAUUGUAUCGCCCACCCUCAGUACCCGAGGGUGUUUGUCUGGGUAUACAGGCACGAGGGGAAGAAGAUGAAGAUGGAACUCAGGUGUCAUGCUGUGUUGUGUAAAACUGAACUGAAGGCGAAAUCUAUGGCCCUUCAGCUUCACGAAAAACUGUCCUUCGCCCUGAAAGAGUUCCAGAGGGAUAAAGUUCGAAAACAGAACUCCCGACUUGUGUUGCAAAGAACCAAUUCUCUACCCAAGGCCGGCUCUGUUCUUCCUCUAAGGAAACAGAUGUUGAGCACGGCUACAAACUUUAAGCCUCCCGUGAGUAAGUCAACCACCGCUCCCAAACUUGGCGCUAUAACGGAGGACUUCGAGGAGUGUGAACACGAGGAGUUUUGUGUGUGUGAGGACUUAGGGGAGUGUGAUGAAAACGACAACUUGGAGAGUGCGAGUGAGAUGGUGGCAGCGCUGACACUCCACUCCGACACAUCCUCUCUCCAUACUCUCAACCCCGAGUGCCUCACAGACCGCAUCAUUGACGUCGAGAUCGGCAACGACAUCGACGAACUUCGUCAGAAUGAGGAAAUUAAAUUAUGUCACGGAAACACAGACUCGGAUGAAGAGAGUGCGGAAUCUGGGUUCCACGACCAGGAUCAGGACCCGAGGGAGGGGUUGGGGGGACUUGUAGAGGAGGGGGAAGGGAGCGUCUGUGAGCUCCCAUGUGGGGACACGCCGGAAGACGAAGGGGAUAACACCAAGUUAUAGUGGACAUAGAGGUAAGCAAUCCGGACUUCUAUCUUGUGAUCCUUCUGAACGAACCAAUGUCACAUCUGAGAUAUGUCGCCAUACAAUACAUCAAUGCGCACUGGUUAUAUGACGGCUAGUUGCACGGACGUUCCAUGAAGGUUGCACGAUCGUUCUCUUGAGGUUGCAUGAUCGCUAUAUGGAUGUUUCAUGAUCGCUGUGGAAGUUGCACGAUCAUAACAUUGAACGGAAUGUUCACGUACUAUAUAGCCGCAUUUGUGAAUGGAUGCUCAUAGUGUUGACCACUGAUGUGAAACGACGACGGUGAUGGUGACGUUGUUUCGCGUCAACCUGCCCCAGAUGCAGGUCUUCCAGUGACUUACGAGAGACAGUGAUUGAUAUAGUAUGUGUACCCCAGCUCCACACCCUUCCACACCCAUCUACACCCCCGUGUACCUUGUGUGACUUGUGAUUUCAUUUGACGAUGUGGCAGGUGCUUGUGCUGUCAAUCACUGACUCGAUGACGACGACUGUGAUGCAGGUGGUGUGUUGCCGACUGUGAUGCAGAUGGUGUGUUGCCUACUGUGACGUACGGAAACUUACACUUACUUCUGCCUUGAUACAUUGGUCUUUACUAAUCAAAUAAUAUCGCCAUGGGCUGCAUGGAAGUGUACCACAUAAAGCUACAUGCGCCAUUUAAUUGUAUAUGUAAAUAAACAUGUCGAGUAUCA